UCGACCUUCUAAUCUCUGACCGUUGGCGCAAGGAAGAUGUCACUAGUAGCCCUCCUCGUCCUGGCAGCCUCGCUUGCCUGGCCGGCGUCGAGCCAGGGUCUGCCGGUGCUUGUUCCAGUGACCAAGGACCCCGCCACCUCCCUCUACACGCUCCCGUUCCACAGCGGCGCCAACCUCGUCGUCGACAUCACCGGCCCGCUCGUCUGGUCCACGUGCCAGCCCGGCCAUCUGCCGGCCAAGUUCCCCUGCACGUUCCCCACCUGCCGCCUCGCCAAUGCCUACCCCGUCCCGGGCUGCCACGAGCCAGGCUGCGAGCAGGAGAGGCGCAAGGACGGCACGUGCACGGCGUACACGUACAACCCGGUCACCGGAGUGUGCGCCUCCGGGAGCCUCGACCAUACCAGGUUCGUGGCCAACACCACCGACGGGAGUAACCCGGUGAGGCAGGUGAACGUGAGGGCAGUGGCGGCGUGCGCGCCGGAGACGCUGCUGGCGUCCCUGCCCCGUAGCUCCACGGGCGUGGCCGGGCUCGCCGGCUCCGGCCUGGCGCUGCCGGCGCAGGUGGCGUCCGCGCAGAAGGUCGCCAACAAGUUCCUGCUCUGCCUCCGCCUCGGCGAAGGCAACGGCGUGGCCAUCUUCGGCGGCGGCCCGCUCCAGCUCACCGCGCAGCCGGGGGUGGACUACACGCAGGAGCUGGUCUACACGCCGCUGGUCGCCAAGCACGGCAACCCCGCGCACUACGUCUCGGUGGAGUCCAUAGCCGUGGAGGGCGCCCGCGUGCCCGUCCCUGCGCGCGCGCUCGCCACCGGCGGCGUGGUACUCAGCAGCAUAAAGGCGCACUUCACCUUGCUCCGACGCGACGUGUACCGCCCGUUCGUGGACGCGUUCGCCAAGGCCCUGGUGCAGCAGGGUGCGCAGGGCGGCCCCGUGGCGCGCGCGGUGAAGCCCGUGGCGCCGUUCGAGCUGUGCUACGACACGCGGUCGCUCGCCAACACGCGGACCGGGUACUGGGUGCCGGACAUCAGUCUGGCGCUCGAGGGCGGGAUGAACUAUUCGAUGAACGGCUUGCUCUCGAUGGUGAAUGUGCCGGGGGGCGCGGCGUGCCUUGCGUUCGCGGAGAUGAAGGGGGUGAAGGCCGGGGACGGCAGCGCGCCGGCGGUGAUCAUCGGAGGGUUCCAGAUGGAGAACGUCCUGCUGGAGUUCGACAUGGAGAAGAAGCGGCUCGGGUUCUUCAGGCUGCCGUUCUUCACGCGGUGUGGCCACUUCAACUUCACCCGGACCGGCUAGACUUCCUCUUCUAUGUGAUUGAUAAAAUAAAAUUUGUAUCUCUAGUUCUCUACUGCUGAACUAGUACUACGGGAUAUAUGCUACA